AUGGGAAAGCUAGAGAUUGUUCUUGAUGCUUUUGAGAGGGAGGAAUUUAUUCCUUCCUUAUUUGUUUUCAUGGGAGACUUCUAUUUUGAGCCAUAUACCCAAUCAUCAGGCUCUUUCUCAAUCCUGAGGUUGCAGUUUGGCAGGCUAGGAAAAAUUAUUGCAGCUCGUUCAAGGUUAAAAGAGAAUAACUGCUUUCUUUUUAUUCCAGGUCCUAGUGAUAUAGGUCCUUCAAUAGUUCUUCCUAGGUGUAGAUUACCUAAACGUUUAACUGAGGAGCUCGAAAAGUAUAUUCCUGAUGCCAUAUUUUCAAGUAAUCCAUGUAGGUUGACAUUAUAUUUAAAUAGGAUUGCCAUCUUCAUCGUCUAG